AUGAAGUCCCGCAUCUGUGCCCUUCUGCUAAUAGUUAGAUGCCUCCUCGGCAGGGACCACAUGUGUGCGUACUUUUGCCAAAACUGCCUCUUUACAGGUCUUGUGUUUGUAAAUGAGGGAGCACGAUGCGCCCCACCGGCGGGUGAGGGAACUGCCGUAACUGUUCAAGCAGGUCAAUCCCCAGGUUCAGCCGGCGGAGGAGAUGGAGGCGGUGGAGGAGGAGGAAGUUCUGCAGGUUCUUCCCAUAGUAAUUCAGGUGGGGGACAAGGCAGCGAUGCGGCAGCACAAAGACCAGCGGCACCACAACCACCACCAACACCUCCUGCAGAAGGGUCAUCAUCACCUCCAGCGGGUAAUCAGAAUCCAUCUACUUCUGGUUCUCAACCACAAAAUGUUUCCAGUGUUGCUGCUCCAGUUCCCCCAGUGGAAGCUACUCCCCCCCCGAGUGUGACGAACCCAUUUAAGGUGAAGUCAUCUUUGCUGAAGGACCAGAAGGGGCUGAAAAUCACAGGUCCCUGCGAAUCCUACUUUCAAGUGUACCUCGUGCCCUACCUCUACAUGAACGUCAACGCGACGAGCAGCGAAAUUGAGAUGGAGCCCAUGUUCAUGAAGGUGGACGACAAGAUUAAAUUUGAGAAGGAGAAGCAUCUCCUCCAUAACAUCUGUGCUGCGGAUAAAACGUUUAAGCUUGUCUUGUACAUGUACGAUGGGGUGCUGACCAUCAAGUGGAAGGUCUACCCUCUCAACGGGGAUAAAACUGCCGACAGAACGCUGGACAUUAGGAAGUACAAAAUGAAGGACAUCGGCCAACCCAUCACCUCCAUGCAGGUGGUGGUCAUGACCGAACAGAACAAGACCGUCUACGUGGAGAGUAAGAACUUCUCCAUCAUGAACGAAAUUCCAGAGAAGUGCGACGCGAUUGCCAACGAGUGCUUCAUGAGCGGUGUGCUGGAUGUGCAGAAGUGCUACCACUGCUCCUUACUGCUCCAGAAAAAGGAGAGCGCUCAGGAAUGCUUCAAAUUUGUCUCCCCCAAGAUUAAAAACAGCUUUGACGAGAUACAAGCGAAGGGAGAAGACGAGGAAAACCCCAACGAAGAGGAACUGCAAAAAACAAUUGAUAACAUAUUCGUCAAGGUGUAUAAGAAGGGGGAAAAUCUUUACAAGGAGGUGGACCAGCUAGCCAUUAUAGACUCCUCCUUUAAGUCCGAGCUGCUGAAGUACUGCUCAUUAAUGAAGGAGGUAGAUACCAGCGGUGCGUUGGACAACCACCAGCUGGGCAACGCCGAGGAUGUGUUCGCCCACAUAACGACCAUGCUCCACAGCAACAGCGACCUUGAUGUGUUUUCACUAAAGAGUAAGCUGAAAAAUGCGGCCUUAUGUUUGAAGAAUGGGGACGAAUGGGUUGGAAGCAAGACCGGGCUGGUACUCCCCAAUUUGUCUCCUCAAAAUUUUGAGGACAGUCCCACCCAAACUUUUGACGGAGGAGAUGAACAGGCAGCUUUGGAGGCCGGGGAGGAUGGCGUCGUCGAUUUGACCUCCCUCCAAAGUGUGGACGUCAGUCCAUUCCUCGUCACAGAUAAGCUCUUCUGCAAUGAUGACUACUGCGAUAGGGCGAAGGACACCAGCAGUUGUGUGGCAAAAAUUGAGGUGCAGGACCAGGGCGACUGCGCUACCUCUUGGCUCUUCGCUUCUAAGGUGCACCUAGAAACGAUCAAGUGUGUGAAGGGAUACGACCACGUCGGUGCAUCUGCUCUCUACGUGGCUAACUGUUCCGGUACAGAAGCGAAUGACAAGUGUCACGCGGCUUCUAAUCCGCUAGAAUUUUUGAACACCCUGGAGGAGACCAAAUUUUUGGCAGCCGAGUCUGACCUACCAUACUCCUACAAAGCGGUGAAUAACGCGUGCCCCGAGCCGAAGAGCCACUGGAAAAACCUUUGGGAAAACGUGAAACUUCUAGACCCCACGAAUGAACCCAACUCGGUAAGUACCAAGGGGUACACAGCAUACCAGAGCGACCACUUCAAAGGCAACAUGGACGCGUUUAUUAAGCUUGUAAAAUCCGAAGUGAUGAAAAAGGGAUCUGCAAUCGCCUAUGUGAAGGCACAAGGAGCACUCAGCUACGACCUGAACGGGAAGAAGGUCCUCUCUCUGUGUGGAGGUGAAACGCCCGACCUCGCUGUCAACAUAGUGGGUUAUGGCAACUAUAUCAGUGCGGAGGGGGUGAAGAAGCCCUACUGGUUGCUGCAAAACAGCUGGGGUAAACACUGGGGGGACAAGGGAACUUUUAAGGUCGAUAUGCAUGGCCCGCCUGGAUGCCAGCACAACUUCAUCCACACCGCUGCCGUCUUCAAUCUGGACAUCCCCGUGGUCGUUCCCGCACCGAACAGCGACCCAGAAAUAAAUAAUUACUACUUGAAGAACUCUCCCGAUUUUUUCAGCAACUUUUAUUUGAAUAAAUACGAGGCAGGAAGUGACGGCAAUUCUGACGAUGCAAAGAGUGUGAGCGGCAAUUCGACGGUUCAGGGACCAGAUGGACCAGCUGGUCCAUCUGGGCCAGAUGGGAAUGUUGGGCAAAAAGGGGCAGCUGCGCGAACUGGAGAACCAUCUACGGCCGUAGAACGAUCGCAAACUGCAGAUGGUGUAACAACUCCACCAGGAGGAGGAGGUGCGAAUGGAGGACGCCAAGGGGCUGAGGCAUCGGUUCAAGAAAGAAACGCAGUUGAUUCAGGCUCACCACAAGCUGUUACGAGGCCUACUCCACCCCCUGAGAGAGUUGCAUCUGGAUUGGCAUCCGUACAACACAGUGGAGAUACGACACUACCACAAUCGACUACAUCAUCAGUAACGCAAAAUCCACCCGUGGCUACGCGACCUGCACCGCAAACGACUCAUCAAACGGCGCCAGCACAACCAGCAACCCCCAGGGAGCCCCUCUCAUCGCUGAAGGGUAGCACUGGAGUUAACGUGACUGAGGUAAAGGAAGCGCUGCAUUUCUUGAAGAGCGUAAAGAAUGGAAAAGUAAAAAGCAACUUCGUGGCGUACGUAAACGCAGAUGCCAUGGGCGAUGAGAAAGUUUGCUCCAGAGCUUUCUCCACAGAUGCCGAUAAACAAACGGAGUGCAUCGAAUUUUGUGAAAAGAAUUGGGAUGCAUGCAAAGGUAAAGUGUCUCCUGGGUACUGCUUAACGAAGAAGAGAGGAAGCAACGACUGCUUCUUCUGCUUCGUGUAA